GCAGUAAGGCCGGAAAAGUCAUCGAAGAAGUUCAGGUCGUUGAUCGGAAACCUUGAUAUGAGAGUGGACUUAGACAGGACAAUAAAGAUGGGAGACAGAAGAUAUAGUCCACACGUGUCAAUCAUGGCUGCUAAAUUAUCGUAUGAAAAUGAAGCCCUUAAUAAAACAGUGAUCCAACAUCAUUGGCAGAUGCAUUUCUUGGGGCUACAGAACUUCUGGAAUGCUUACGAGGAGCAAUAUUCUACCCAAGCCACAAUGUUUCAAGACAAAACUGACGAUCCAAACUUAAUUGUGGUAGCAUUUAGAGGGACAGGUCCAUUUUAUGCAAAUGCAUGGAUUUCAGAUAUAGACCUAUCAUGGUAUGAUCUUGAAGGGAUGGGUAAAAUUCAUGCAGGGUUCAUGAAAGCCCUAGGGUUGCAAAAACCCAUAGGCUGGCCCAAAGACAUUAUUAAUCAAGAAGCCCAAGAACAAAAUAAUACUACUAAGCAAUUUGCAUAUUACAAAAUCAGAGAAGAUUUGAAGAAAAUAUUGAGCAAAAGUGAGAAAGCAAAGUUCAUAGUGACAGGACAUAGCUUAGGUGGUGCAUUAGCAAUUUUAUUUGCAUCUGUGUUAUUUUUGCAUGAAGAGGAGUGGCUAUUGGAUAAACUUGAAGGGGUUUAUACAUUUGGACAACCUAGGGUCGGCGAUGAACAAUUUGGGAAUUUCAUGAUGAAGAAAUUGAAGAAGUUUGAUGUGAAGUAUUUUAGGUAUGUUUAUUGCAAUGAUAUGGUGCCAAGAUUGCCCUAUGAUGACAAAACUCUCUUCUUCAAGCACUUUGGAUCAUGUCUGUACUACAAUAGCCUCUACAAAGGCAAGGUAAAGGAGGAAGAACCAAACAAGAAUUACUUCUCACUGCUAUGGGUUUUACCAAAGGUGUUGAAUGCAGCUUUUGAGCUAAUUAGGAGUUUCAUUCUCUCUUGGCUUAAAGGAAGUGAUUACGAACAAAGUUGGCUUGAGAUAAUAUUUAGGAUGGUUGGAUUCGUAAUCCCGGGAUUAUCAGCUCAUGGUCCAGUAGAUUAUGUUAAUCUUACUCGUUUAGGAUCCACCCUUCAUCUUCCUCAAUCACAAGAAGGACUUAAACACGAUUAACUUACAAAUGAAUUUGCUCUAUUUUACUCAAUUAGGGUGAAAAUACCCUCAAGCCAUAUAUAAUGUGUGAUAUUUGGGCUAGCCAUUUAGCUUUACCAAAUUAAUAGUGAUUGUAUCAGCCAAUAAAAGAGAAACAUAUUGAUUGUGACAUGAAUUUACUUUUA